AUUGAUAACAAACGUUUCGACAAUUUUAAAAAUCCGUUAUUAGAUUCUUUCUAUUACAUUAUGUUAUAGAAAAUUCCCGUUUUCGACGCUCAAUCCAAACGAAACUAAGCCCGAUUUCAUUGCAUUACCACACGUAUAUUCUUGGAUUUCCCCCAAUUUGAUCGAAGCCACUUCCAUUCGAUUUAAUCCCUCAUUUCUCUUCCUCCUCUCUUCAACUCUGCUCCGGAAUCCCUCCGGUCCGCUGCGUUCUCAGCGCGAUCACUGGGGAUUCUGGUUCUUCUCCAAUUACUACUAGUACGCCUCUGUUUUCUUCUCCUUUAGGUCUUUCUUUUCUUUGUUUCUUGUGAAUUCGUCUAGCCUUUGAGGUUUGUUUUUGCCCACUUAGGUAUUUCAUUUCAUUUCUUUUUGUGGAGCUAUGAGCGAUCAUCUCGUUUUGUAUGUGGACCGAAUAAUUCGGCCACCACCCGUUGAUUCCGUCCCCAACCCGACUGAGGUUGUUCCUCUCUUGCGGGUUGGUGGGGAUUUGGCGAGCGAUUCGGUGGGUUUAUCUUCUUCAACCUCCACUUCCAAUUUUGAUGAGAGGGCACACGAAAAUGAGGGUUUGGAUGGAGAGGCUGAUUCAUUGAUUCAGACAGCGGAGUGUCGCAUUUGCCAGGAUGAGGAUGUAAUUAGGAAGCUGGAGACUCCUUGUGCCUGUAGUGGCAGUCUUAAGUAUGCUCAUCGGAAGUGUAUACAGCUUUGGUGCAAUGAGAAAGGGGAUAUAAUUUGUGAGAUUUGUCAUCAGCCUUACCAACCUGGUUAUACAGCUCCACCACCUCCCCCUCGCAUUGAAGAAACGUCUAUUGACAUCGGGGGAGGGUGGACCAUCACUGGCACCCCUUUGAAUUUACACGACCCUCGCCUUUUGGCUAUUGCAGAGGCUGAACAUAAUUUAUUGGAAGCUGAGUAUGAUGAAUAUGCUGCCUCCGAUGCCAGUGGAGCUGCAUUUUGUCGAGCAGCUGCUCUUAUUCUCAUGAUCCUACUUUUCUUACGUCACGCACUUGAAGUCACAGAUCCUGAUGGCGAUGAUUACUUGUCCGCUUUCUUCUCUAUUUUCUUGCUUCGAGCAGCUGGUUUUCUCUUGCCCUGUUACAUUAUGGCUUGUGCAGUCAACAUCUUGCAACGUCGACAACGACGACAGGAACGGGAGGCUGCAGCUUUGGGUGCAGCACAAGUUGCUUUUGUGUUACAAUCAGGACGGCACAGGGGUCUGCAAUUUGCAAUAGCAUCAGGACCUCCCAUGACUUCCCACCAGGACACUGUUUAACUUACAUAGGCACAAAAUGUAUAACCUCUUCAUUUUUUUUCUAAUGGUUUUAGCACAAAAACGGGCAAUCUAGAUCUCCCCUAAAAUCUGUCUAUAUUUGUAAUCUGUCUCAUAUUCAUUUUGGAGAGCCCGAGUGUAAUUCUUCUCAUGAAUGCUAUCUUUUCAUGAUUUGCAAUCUCUUGCCCCAAAAAAUGAAGUAACGGAACACUUAACCAAA